AUGUGCGGCAUCUUCUGCUCCAUCAGUCGCAAUGGCUUCAUCAGCCCUGAUUUCGCAACACAGCAGCUUUUACAGAACAGGGGCCCUGAUAGCACUUGCCGGCAUCAGGUAGUUCUGGACGCGACGCAGGAGAAUCAUGACCCAGCAUCUCCACUCCAUGCUUCUUUUCUGUCUACCGUGCUAUCGUUGAGGGGUUCAUCAGUCGUCCAACAGCCUCUCCGGGAUGAGCAAUCAGCGUCCACAUUGUGCUGGAACGGUGAAGCAUGGAGCGUCGGUGACGCCCCUGUGGCUGGCAACGACUCCCAAGUCGUCUUUGACAAGCUUUUGGCAGCUUCGUCCGGAAACACGACCGCAGGGGUAGCAAUACAAGCGGUCGUUGACUUACUAUCUAGUAUCAGGGGCCCAUAUGCGUUUGUCUUCUACGAUGCACCCAACAAGCUCAUGUAUUAUGGCAGAGACUGCCUGGGUAGGCGAUCACUGUUACGCAAGUCAACGUCAGACGAUACUCUCAUCAUCUCCAGUGUCUGCGACAACGCCAGUGGCGAGUCGUGGGCAGAGGUAGAAGCUGACGGCAUCUACGUUGUCGAUCUAACAUCUCUCUCCUCAAGCGAACUCUCGUCCUCAACUAGGCACGUUCCUCAUUCGCAGUCGUUCGAAGAGGAAGAAAUACAACCUUCUUUUACCUUGCCGUUUCCACAGAUGAACCGCGUAACUCUUGAGGGUGCGUCUUUUGACUUUGGAGAAGUGGAUCGCCUCAAGCGCUCGUUGCAGAGAGCUCUGGCACUUCGCACGCAACAUGUUCGUGAAGCUAUUACAGGCACAGGCAAGCAUGAGGCGAACAUAGGUGUUCUUUUCUCCGGUGGCCUUGACUGUACAAUCUUAGCCCGGCUUUGUCACGACUUGAUCCCGCUCAACGAGCCUGUGGAUCUGCUCAACGUAGCCUUCGAGAAUCCGCGCAUUCAUGCAAAGCUACAGGACAGUGAAAGCCCAUAUGAGCUUUGUCCGGAUCGAAUUACCGGUCGCGCCUCAUUUGCCGAGUUGCUGCAGGUCUGUCCCGCCCGCCUCUGGCGUUUCGUAGAGGUCAAUGUACCCUACACAGAGACCGUGGCGCAUCGAACCAAAGUCAUGACGCUCAUGCAUCCGCACAAUACCGAGAUGGAUCUGUCCAUAUCCUACGCUCUUUACUUCGCUUCACGGGGCAUAGGCCUCGCCAGUACGUCAGACAGCGAUGAGGCAAAGCCAUACACCUCCCCAGCGCAUGUCUUGCUCUCCGGACUCGGUGCGGACGAGCUCUUCGGGGGCUAUCAACGCCAUGCGACAGCCUUUGCAAGACAAGGCUACACUGGUUUGUUCAAUGAGCUCCAGCUCGACUUCAGUCGACUAGGAAAGCGUAACCUUGGCCGCGAUGACCGUGUCAUCAGUAAUUCUGGCAAAGAAGUGCGCUUCCCCUUCUUAGAUGAAGACUUUAUUGCACUGGCGCUCCGAUCUCCAGUGCAGACGAAAUGCGACUUUGCCAGCCCUCAGGUACAGGAAUCUGAGGACCCAGCGCAUUUCUUGGAGCCCGCAAAGCGAGCCCUUCGAGGCAUGGCGUGGCAGCUCGGCAUGAAGAAGGUGGCUGCUGAAAAGAAGCGAGCAAUACAGUUCGGUUCUCGUACUGCCAAGAUGGAGACGGGCAAGACUAAGGGAACGCAUGUUCUUGUGUGA